CAUUGUUGAUGUGACUUUCAUUUUAUGUAUUAUGCGAAGCGUGUUCCAUGUUAUUUCUUUAAUUAAUUGAAGUUAACGCGUAUUAAUCGCGUUGUUCGUUUUAUAUUGGUGAUCUGUAGAGUUUUCCAAAAUGAGUCGCGGAGGUGGAAGUCGCGGUUCAUCUUCCAGAACGGAAAACAUGAUUUCUUUGAAGGUAGAUAAUCUCACCUAUCGCACUACGCCUGACGAUUUGAGACGCGUAUUCGAAAGAUGCGGUGAAGUUGGAGAUAUCUAUAUACCACGCGACAGAUUCACUCGUGAAAGUCGGGGUUUCGCUUUCGUUAGGUUCUACGAUAAGAAAGAUGCCGAAGAUGCGUUGGAUGCUAUGGACGGUAGAAUGUUGGACGGCAGGGAAUUGAGAGUGCAAAUGGCUCGUUAUGGACGUCCCGCUUCUCCUAGAUACGGUGGUAGAAGUAACUACAGGGGUCGGAGCUAUGGACGUUCUCGAUCUUACGAUCGUGGUCGUCGUUCUUAUUCGCGAUCCAGAUCUAGGUCCCGUUCUCGCAAGCGUUCUUACAGCAGGUCAAAAUCACGUUCUUCUAGGUCCGAGAGCAGAAGUCCGCAACGUAGAAGUCCAGCUCAACGCAAACAUUCGCGUUCCCGAACUCCUUAAAUUGCAGUAGCCUACGCUUUUCAUCUUCCCCAAUAUGAGGUUUUUCAUCGUCGGUGCAUGACCCAUGUUGUACGAAAUUUAUUCAACUCUUACUUCAAUAAGGUAUAUGGAUUCCAUGAUAGUUUCUUUUUCUUAAGUUUUUCUUUAUUUAUCAAUGCAGGGUCAACUAUUGAUCCUGCUAUAAAUUUCAUUUCAAUUUUGCCGAUACGAUAUUAAUUUUUAAAUACAUAUUACUUAAUUUGACUACUGUUUCAGUCAACUGCAAAUUAGAAUUAAUUUUAUUUUCAAAUUUUCUUUUUAUUAAAUUACUAGAGUUAAUCUCGCCUCGAAACGUUGUAUGAAAGAUGACAAAAUUUUGACCAAUUUUUUGAUUCAUGUUAUGUAUUCAUUCGCUUGAGAAUUUUUUUUCUUUUAUUUAAUAUUCCUUUUCUGAUAUAUUUUCUUGUUAAUUGAUAACAGUUUUAUAAUUAUCCUCAAUUAUGUAUAGUUUCAGUCUCCUUUUAGUGGGAUUUUUCGUAGUUUGAGUAUCGAAUUAUUUACAGUGCAAGUCUCAGCGAUAUUCUUUUGUAUUUUCAAUCGUAUGUUUUGUCUUGAAUGUUUUCUGAAGAAGAUUAAAAACAAACAUGAUUUGGUUAUCUUUUUGGUAACGUUUUUAUUGUCGCGUUAUUGAACGAACAUCAUUUCUAUCAGUUCACACUCGAAACAAAACAACUAAUCACUUCACGAUUAAUGUAUUGUAAAAAGGCAAUUAGUGUAGUUUUUAAUUCGACUAUUAACCUAGCAUAUAAUUUAAAAUUUACUUUCGAUCUGUUGAAAUGCACUUUCUUAUGAUUCAUUUCAAGUAUAUACUUCCCCAAAAAAAGGCCUAUAAGUAUUCUGACUAUAGUACAAUUUGGACUUCCUUUGAUAAUUUCAACUUAAGCCUACAUUAAUGUUGUAAUUCAUUUAUGAUGUGCUGUAUGAUUUUUAUAUUCUAAAACAACUGUGUUGUAAAUUUGUAUUACUCGUAUUUAUAAAUCUUUAUUAACCGCAGGUGGUGAAUGCUGCUGCGUUGCUGCCGUUGAACGCAGGUGACUGCUGUUUGCUGAGUGGCCGUUUUUUAAUUUGUUUUUUCGGUUUCGUUUUCUUUUUUUUUAUUUUUUGAGAAAAAAAAUUACGAAUGGGUGCGGGAAUAAUUGGUCCUGUAGGAUGAUUAGCAGUUAUUUGAUAUUAAAUCGUUUGACCUGACGAGAUUCGUGGCAGUUGAGAAAGCUUUUAAAGAAAGGGGAAAUAAUAGCAUACAAGCGGAGGUAAACUACGUGAUCGAAUUUUCGAGGUUUGUACUGUAGUACCUUCCUAGAUAUGUAUUUUGGAGACUUCGAAAUUCUAAAUUCUUGCAGGUUCGAAAGAUUAAAAACUAUUGCGAGCGUACGGCGAUCAAGAUUUCGGUGAUGUGAAAAAUGCUUUGAAUUGUUCGUUUUAGUCUGUGGAUCCAGAAUAUGCGCGUAAUGCCCUUUAUCUGCCUUUACCUAAAAGUCUCUGUGCCGUCCUGCCACCGGCUUCGAUUAAACAUAAUGCAGCAUCUCUGUACGUUGCCCUGCUCUCCUGUGUAUAGAGCAGUGAUGCCGGUGAUCUGGCCCAGAAAGCUAUUAUUGUAGAGUCGUGCUUGAGCCUGUGUAGGUUACUUGCGCAUUUGUUGUCAGUGCUGAUGAUCCCGUUUGCUCGUUUAUAAUCGUUUUUCCGGUGCUGAAGUAAGUUUUGGCUCAUAAAAUUAUUACGUUUUGAUUAUCAGCGCUGAAAUCGAGUAUAUCAAAAGGAGCAGCUACAGAUCCUGUAAAAUGUAUCUAGCAGCAUCGAAUGAACUCACGUUUAACGGCAUGAUCGCAGAUCGAAGUUAACUUUCGAUUUUUAUGGAGAGCUAUGGUGUUCGUUCACGUAGAACAUGGUGUUAUACUCAUGUACUAUUGUACUGUGAAAACUUAUUGCGCGAUAUAAUGUUCGAGAAUUGCUUCUCAUACAUUCAAUCCGGGUUUCUCAAGUAGAUUAUUCUUCAGUAUGAAAUGAUAUGCAUGGCCAUCAGUCAUGCGUAGUGAUUUGAAACAUAGAAACAUUUUUAUUAGCACUUGCUUAUUCAGUCCUUUCAAAAAAAAUUUGCUUCAUUUUUUCACUCUCAUGAUACAUUUCAUGCAGAAACGUUUAAAAUUUAGUUUUGUAGAAAUCCAGCUGGUUCCUGAACUGAAACACCACAAAUCUCGCAGAUUAUGAAACAAGUGAUUGUCUGUUCGUAGAGUGCCUAUUCAUUUCAGCUUAGUUUUUUUCUCAAGCGACAGCUGAAGUAAAUACCUGUUGAAAGCGGUUUCUGAAGUUGUAAUUGAAGUGAUUCUGUUGCAACUUUCGUAAAGAUUUUACAUAUUGCAGCUGUUCCCGCACACUUGUCCCUCUUCGCCGUACUUCAAAUCACAAAUUCAUAGUUUGCAAUUGAUGAAUGUAGUCCUGUGUUAAUUAGUAGUUUUCAUCUUUUUGGUCUUGUGUAUGUCGAGUACAUAUCACGUUACGUGAUGUUAAUUAUACGUUUGUGAGCAAAAUUCCUGAUGUGUCGUUCAUAGUAAUAAAUAUUGUAUGAAAAUGUGAA